GAGACUGGCGUCUUGAGAAAAUGAAGAUAGAUAUGGCUGCCCAAGAUGGGGAAUAUUUUAAUAUCGGAAGUAUUGUCUCCUGUACGACGUGUUACAACCAGAAAAUUCAAGGCGAAGUGUUAGCUUUCGACGAAGGAACCAAAAUGCUUGCAAUCAAAUCUCCAGCAGCCAGUGGUAAGCGAGAUGUUCAUGAUAUAAAGAUGGUAAAUUUGUCCUUUGUUAGCCACAUCAAGGUGACAAAAGAAUGUAACGACCCCCCACCCCCACUCACUAGCAUCAGUAUACAAAAGAUACAAAGUAGAUUACGACAGAAUUUGGAAGAGAAGAAGAGACAGGUGAACUACAUAGGCAUUGGUGUUACCCCAGAGGGACAGAGGGCAUUCAACUCCAUCAUCAAAACGUUAAGUGAUGUAAAGUGGAACGGCAAAGACAUUGUUGUGAUGGACGACGUCAGAAUUUCUCCACCAUAUGGACCAGAGAACUGUAGCGGAAAGGAGGGGCAUCUCCUUAAUCAUGUCAAAAAAAUACUAAACAAACACCACAGUGAAGAAAAUCAGAAAUCAGACCCGAGGAAAUCGGCAUCCCCGGUGUCCAGUACAUCAUGAACAAAAACAAAGUUUUAAACGGGAGACUCCAUUAACCAUACAAAAGAAAGAAAAAGAGGAAAACUAAAAUAUCAGAACUUUUAAAAUUUUAAUGUGUUGCAAAAUGCAAAAUUUACAUUAACAUGCUGAGUGUUAAUUUUGAUAGGAUGUGCAGGGUGUUUUUUUUGUUUUUUUUGAAGACGAAAAAUAUGAGAGGUCAAUGAAGCAUGUCCAUUAUUUUUUGUUCAUACAAAUAAAAGAAAGUUUUAUGAAGAAGAAAAACAUUUGAUAUAAUAUUAAGAUUCUAGACGAUAAAGAAUGCUGUGAACAAUUAAAUGUUAAAUUUAUUAAACUGAAAGUUGUAUAUUUUGAACUCUUUAUUUAGGCAACCAUAUGAAUUUAAGUUUGACAUAACAAAUUUUAAUCAUGUUUAAAAUUUUGAUGCAGUUUGUUUUAAACAAGUCUCUUUGAAAUGCUGUGCAAUUCCAGAAUUGCUUGGUGUUAUUUAUAUUUAGAACUAUCAUUGUUAUGCCAUUUGUAAUUCAAAAAAAUUGAAUGGAAUUAUGUGUAAGAAAAAUGGGGAUACAUAAAUUGUUAGGGGGGUGCUAUUUAUUAAACUGAUGAACGAAAAGUUGUGUUUUUUUAACGAAAGAAUAAAUUGAUUAUUGCUGGAA